UCUUCCUAUCGAUUUGAUUUCUUUCCUCUCUUUUCAAUUCCUUAUCUUUUUUUAAUCUAUUCUUUACACCCACACAGCAUCUGUUCCAUUCACCCCGGUAUAUUCCUUUGUUUCAUGUGCUUUUAAGCAGUUUUAAGUAUAUUCCAGGUCCUAUCCGUAAUGGAAAUUGUCUUUUGGCACAACAUCUUCGUCAGAUUUUCAACGCCACUGCAGUAUGAUUUGCUGGGGAAUCUUUUUUCUGAAAGAACAGGAAGAAUGAAGCUUUAAUUAGUUUUUAAUCCUUAAUAAAAACAAACAAAUAAUGCUGACAGAUAAAACGUUUAUUUUACAUAUAGCGAUUCUACUCUCUGCGCAGUUUGUUUUUGGAAGUAAUUAUUACGAUCUGUUGGGCGUUUCGAAAUCGGCCACGCAUCAGGAAAUCCGAAAAGCGUAUAAAAAGCUCGCUUUAAUACUUCACCCCGACAAAAAUUCAGAUGACAAGAAUGCGCAAGAGAAAUUCUUGAAAAUAACACGAGCUUAUGAAGUAUUAAAGGACGAAGCGAAACGAAAGCAUUACGAUUUGCAUGGCGACGAUGUGCCUUAUACUCACACAAAAUACCAAAGUUAUUAUUAUUACGAGCACCAAUUUGGGUUGUACGACGAUGAUCCACAUGUCAUCACACUAUCUGGGAUUUCAGAUUUCGAAAACUCGGUGGAAAAUAUGGAGUCUAGUCAAUGGUUUAUAGUAUUUUAUUCGCCCCUUUGUAUGAGUUGUCACCAUGCGGCACCCAUGUGGUCUAAACUGGCGGAAGAAAUGAACGGUGCUUUGUCAUUCGGUGCUGUUAAUUGUGAAGAUGACUGGCAGAUAUGCCGGCACAAAGCUGACAUCAAUGCUUACCCAACUUAUGUUCUCUUUCCUUCGAGAACAACUUUGGUCGGUUCCAAAAACAAAGAAGAGCUGAGAAAUUUUAUUAUUGGAAGAUUAACGACCGAUACUGUUAACGUUUGGACUCAGAAUGACUGGGACCAAAUCAAGGAGAAACACAACAGUUGGCUCUUGAUUCUUAAAAGUAACGAUCACGACAAAGAUAACCAAAAAAUUGUAUCAGCAAUGAUGAAAGGUCUUAUCGGUGUUGCUCUAAUUCACUGCUCACACAUGCCGUGUUCCGAAUUUAGAAACGAUGAGAACAACGGUUAUGCUUAUUUGGUGAAAGAGCAUGAUACAUGGAGUGUGAACGCAUUAGAAAACGGAGAGCCGCAGGAAAUCGCUAAUCAAAUUUUAACCCUUUUACCUUCUAUAGAAAACUACGAUGAAAAUAUGUUGGAGGAGUAUAUGAAUGAUUUAGAAAAUGGGCUUCAAACUCCUCUUUUAAUUUAUUUCCACAUGGGACCGUCGACGAAACUAGACACGGAGAUUAAAAAAUUAACGGCGACUUUACCAAAUUUUAAAAUCGGCCGUGUAAAUUGCGGUAGGUACGUUAAUCUUUGUUCCUCGCUCAGUAUUUCUCGUUAUCCACUUUUCGGCCUGUUUAAACCGGGUGGUGGGAAAGAGUUCUACCACGGCUCGCUCACGAUUCACGGUGUCUCGGCGUUCGCGAAGGAAAGUUCGCAAGCCGUCAACUUCUGGGAAUGCGGCCCUGAAGAGCUUAAAGAGAAGAUCAAAGAAGGGCCGACGCUCGUGGACUUUUAUGCGCCUUGGUGUCCUCCUUGUAUCAAACUGCUUCCAGAGCUCAGAAAAGCCUCCCUGAGUUUUAUAUCAUCUGUGAUAACAUUCGCGACAGUCGACUGUACGAUUCAUUCCGACUUGUGCAGAGAGCAUAGUGUGACUUCUUAUCCUACAACGCUACUUUUCAACGUAACAAGAAAACCGUUGAAAAUGGGUAGCCGGACGGCAAGCUCAAUAAAAGAAUUCGUCGAAGACACAAUAUCUCCUAAAGUCAUAGAACUAAACGAAGAGACAUUUUAUGAAACAGUUGGAAAGAAAAAAAUUAACGAAUUGUGGGUUGUGGAUUUUUACAUGCCAUGGUGUGGUCCAUGCCAACAGAUGGAACCACAAUACAGAAAACUUGCUAAGAUGAUGUCAGAUAUCAAAAACGUAAAAAUUUCCAAAGUGAAUUGUGAAGAGGAACAAGCACUUUGCACACGGCAGAGAGUCCAACAUUACCCACAUAUUAGGCUUUAUCCGAUGCAUUCUGAAGGGAUGUUAACUGUCAUGAUUUACUCUGGAUAUCAGAGAGACGCUCAAAGUUUGAGGCGGUGGAUAUACAAUUAUUUGCCGUCUUCCGUGAAAGAGCUCCAGCCCGAGACUCUCAGAGCUGCGAUCCGUUCGGGCGACCCUUGGCUGGUAGAUUUUUACGCCCCUUGGUGUGGUCAUUGCGUUGCUUUCGAGCCCGAAUUCAUUUUAGUCAGUCAGAAACUCGAAGGGAGAGUUUCAACCGGUAAAUUGGACUGCGAACGGUUCUACACUUUCUGCCAGGGCAUCGGCAUAAACAGUUAUCCUACAUUAAAACUGUUUUUUAAACCUUUCAGCGAACAAGGUUUAAUAGUAGAAAGCCAGAAUCCUUCUGUCAUAAUUAAUACAGUUAACAUGUAUCUUGGGCACGAUGGACAUAAUGCUCAUGAUGAACUUUAAUUUGAUUUUAGCUUGGAAAACUAGGCAACAAUUGGAUCGCUGUGUAACAUUUAUUUUUUAUCACAAUUUGAACUUAUUUAUUAUUAUUUUUUAUAUGUUCAAAAUUUAUAUAAAACGUUUCU